GGCAAGUACAUCUAUCCAUCCAUCCAUCCAGUGCAACCCUCCUCGCUCACGCCAAAAUCAUUCAAAGCAAUUACUUACAUCCCUCGAACUAUACGUUCUCCUGAAACCUUUUCUUCUUUUCCUCCUUUCUUUUCACUUCUUUCCCCCCCCCCCCAAAAAUAAACAGACAUACUCUCAUCUCAUCUACACAUUUUACCAAAUCUUUUGGAAGCAUUACAUGUAAAUCCAUCCAAAACAGCGCUACGCACAUAUUUCCACCCAAGCCAAUCCACAUAUCAUACAAUCAUCAUCCCCAACGGCAUUCAUCUUUAUCCAACAUGGGACAAAAACUUUCGAAAGAAGCAUGCCCUCUACCCGGGGGGCGAAUUUGGGCUGAAAUAAUAGAAUGUAUGUUCGGGAGACGAGAGACGUGUGUUCCUGAUGAUAUCUCGGCCGUCUCAAUUAGAUGCUCCAUACCCUUAUCUCCCACGACUUCGAUUCCAGAUGUAGCAGGGAACGGAAAUCCAGAUCCUAUCGAAAAUAACGACAACGACGACGACAAAAACAAUACGUUGAAUGAAACAAGUCAAGCAGAACACGAAACGAGUCCUUUUAAAGGUCUCGGACUCGCUCAGCGAUUGAGAUUGCUCGAGCAGGGACAUAGUCAAACCUCGUAUGAGAGUAGUGUGUCUUACGGUUCAAACUCAUUACCUCCGUUACCCUCAGCAAUCCCCUUCUUCGAUUAUUCCACUACAGUGGACACUACAAUGGACAAUACAGUGGACAAUACAAUGGACACUACAGUGAGCCCUACAAUGGACCACACAGUGGACAACACAGUGGACACUACAGUGAGCCCUACAAUGGACCACACAGUGGACACUGCAAUAGACAAUACAGUGGACAAUACAAUGGACACUACAGUGAGCCCUACAAUGGACCACACAGUGGACACUGCAAUAGACAAUACAGUGGACAACACAGUGGACACUACAGUGAGCCCUACAAUGGACAACACAAUAGACACUACAAUAGACAAUACAGUGGACAACACAGUGGACACUACAGUGAGCUCUACAAUGGACAACACAGUGGACACUACAAUGAACCCUACAGUGAGCACUACAGUGAGCCCUACAAUGGACAACACAGUGGACACUACAGUGAGCUCUACAAUGGACCACACAGUGGACACUGCAAUAGACACUACAGUGGAGGAAACCGUCUUGCUACCGACCAACGAGCAACCUUCUUUUCCCUACACAAUAUAUAACUUUGAUAGCUCCGGAUUGGUAAUAUCAGAUAUCAGUGGGAUUAAUGUAGAGGAACAAUAUCAUCAUAUCAUGGCAAUCGUCGGCCAAGCUUGUGGUAAAUGUCCAAAGUGUGCAAGUGGUAAUCGUGUUCAGGGUUUGAUUGAUACUAUAAUCGAUAUACGGUUCCCGGACUUGGAUACCGCUCUAUUCCGAGAUGGGAUUCUAAGUGAAUUUGGAUUCGACGACUUCUGGAAUGAGCUGAUAGUGGCCGAGCCCGAGGUCAGAAAACUGUAUGUCAAGUAUGAAGAGUGGUACCCAAAGAUAUGGGAAGAUAUUGAAAAAAAUGACGAUCUGCCAGCUAUUUCGAAGGUUAUCGAGGAAGAGUUUUGUCGAUCUCGAGAUUUUAGACGAAUCUUGGCAGGUAAAAAAAGCACGAAAUCUAAAUGGGAAAAAAUGAAUCUACUUCUUUUCGUGGUAAGAAUGCGGAGAAUUCGAGCAAAACUAGAGGAACGCCCCCAGACGCAAGAAAAACAAGAAACGCAGACGAUAAAAACCACUGCAAAGAACCGCAAAACUAGAGACAAGGAGAAGAGGAGGAAAAUCAAGGACCGAGAAGAUAAGGUCGUAGCCAAAUUGAUACAUGAAAUCCAUGAGGAGAGAAGGAAGGUUACGACAGAAGUAAACAAAAUCGAUUUCGAACUAGCAAAAGGAGAGAGCACAAGGCACCUGGUUAUAAGUAAUUGCGGUUUUGAAGAUUUUUAUGCAGGGUGGGAACAGACAUUAGUAUUCCUACCAUUCAUGAACAUUGGGAUGUUUGUUUCGUUAAUGAUGAAAAGCUAGGACCUGAUGAAUAUUGACUGCAGGAGAAUUGAUAUAUCAAGCGUUGAGCCAAGGUACUGCACAAGCAUUGGCAUGAACUUGAAAAACGAUUCUAGGGCAAGGCAAAAUCUGGUUAAUUCGUACAUAGCGUCAUUUUAACAUCGAUUGUACAUAAAUAUAGCAAUUCGUUGUCACCUCCGUUGAAUCAACUUCAUCAAGACUAGUUGAUAGGGAGGAUAUAUAAAAUCAUUUCAGCGUCUA